AUGUCGAUACCGAGCCGACAGGGCCUCAUAUUGGAUACGCUCAAGCACAAGAUCCAGUUGGCCAAGAAUGAUCUGGACCGCUAUAAGGAGGACUACAGCCGCUGCCAGGCGAUGCUGCAGCGCGAGGUAAAUCGUCGCAGCCAAUUGGAGGAGAGCUUCAUGGAGCUGCAGCACCGCAACGUGCAGCUGGAGGAUGAGCUGAAGCUGGCCCUGAAUCAUGCCGCCAGCCAUCAGCUGAUGGUGCAGGAGGCGCGCGACGCCCUCAACGAGAGCGAUCGGUUGCGCAAGGCGCUGGAGCAGCGCGACCAGCUGCAGUCGGAGAAGAUCGAGCUGCUCGUCUGGGAGCUGUCAAAGAUGGAGCGCCAGGCGAAGGAGGCCGACCGCACGGCCCAGCAAAACGGCCAGCGUGCCGAGCAGCUCAACCGCCGUCUGACGCGCAGCGAACAGCAACUGGAGGCGAGCCGGGCCAGCCAGGCGCUGCUGCAGUCCGAGCUGGAUGCGGCCGCCCAGAAUUUGCACUGCGUGGAGCGGGCAUUCGAGCACUCGUCCCAGCAGAUGCAGAACUACGAUCGCCAGGUGGCCAAGCUGAAGCAGCAGCUUCAGGAGAGCGAACGGCGCGCUGAGCUGGCCGAGCUGAAUGCCGAGCAGCUGCAGCUCACCUCCGUCAAGCUGGAGCGGCGUCUCGAGGAGCGCUUCGAUCAUCGCUUGCGCCAGAAGCUAAACAAUCUGGACCUGCAGCUCGUUGCCAAAGAACAUGCUUAA